AUGUGGAAGACUGGAUUUUCGAGGCAAGAGCAAUAUCCUAAAAUGACCGAUCAACCUGAUGAUGAUAACAAUAUGCCGACAUUAGAUUCCGAUUCAUUAUAUCCAUCUGCCAUAAUGCAUCAAGAAACUCAAGGACAACAGUACCUCAAUUCUUCCAAUACAUGGAAUAAUGGUAAAUCACCAAAUUCAGUGUCUCUCGUGUCACAAUAUCAAAGGCAAAGAGCGAAGCCACCUCAGUUUAUCAAUCCUCUUCUCAAAACAUUGGAGGCUCUGGGCAUUAAAAGUCCAAGUCAACCAAGUGCAGCCCAAGUUGCUUAUAGAUUGACUAAAUUAAUUAAUACAAGGAAGAAAAUGGUUAAAAGAGAGCAGGAUUUCUUUUCUAGUAUUGCAAAUUGGAUGGCCAUUUUACCAAAUUAUGAAAACUCCAGAAUGUUAUCUGAAUAUAAUGCUCUUUUAGAUAUUCAGAUCAGAUCAGAGGAAGAAUUGAUCAGAAAACAAGAGAAUAUUAAUCUACAACUUGCACAUGUUUUUCAAAGGGAAAACAAAAUGGAGGUACAAAGAAAUAAGCGGCAAGCUACUAUGAUCGAAGUGAGAGAGGAGGAAAGAAAAAAGGGAGAAGGGCAAGCUCUACAUCUAGCCAAAGAAAAAAUUGAGGAAAUCGACGCCUCAAUUGAGGUUAUUAAUGAACAACUGAUAAAGGCGAUUAGUACAGUUCUAAAAGGUUCUCUUCUAGAUUAUGCAAUAUGUCUUCAGACAUCUUGCAACAGAAUGAAAGAAGGAUGUGAUACAUUAUUCAGGUAUGUCAAUGAAGGGAGCAUGUACCCCGUAAAUAAAAUAUAUGCUGAAACUACGCGAGAAUCGGGAUUUGAAAGAAUACAUCCCCUUACAGGAUCGGGAUCAGGAUCGGAAUCCAGGUUGUCAGAUGAUAAUAAAGAAAAUAAACUCAAAGACCGUACAAAUGAGCUUAAUUUAUUAAAAAGUGGCAAAAUCAGAAAUGCAUCAUCUAAAAAAGUAUUUGAAGGAGCCGGAGAUGAAGCCACAUCUGGUGUGGAGCCAACAUGUUCGGAAUGUCUGGCUGUGGGAAAGGCGGGAAAAGUUGUUCACGCCGCAUUUUGCAGUCAUUUUAAAAAGCCAGCUUUAGAAAGACCGGCUUCAUCCCAGAGCAUUUCCAUGCCCGGUAAAAUUUCACAACGACUUUCUAGCUUGAUGAGAUCUAAGGAAUCUAGCAUCUGGCAAUAA